AUGUUGAAUCGCAGAAAACCGACAGCAACUGUGACGAUAACAACAACAUCGUUAAUUAUGACAACAACAGAAAGAAAAGUUCGAGCUUAUUCCUCCUGGAAUCAAUAUGGAUAUACAAUAGUUGGAAGCGACGGACCAAGUCCGAAUUUGACCGAACUCCACAGUCCUACCGGAAUCGAUAUUGAUGAUGAUGGAACAGUUUAUAUUUGUGAUAGUAUGAAUCAUCGUAUUAUUAGACGAAGAUCAAAUUCGACGACUAAUGAAGUUGUUGCUGGUGGAAAUGGCGAAGGAAACCGGAUUGAUCAAUUAAAUACACCAUUAGAUGUUAUUAUUGAUAAAAAGAAAAAUUCUCUCACCAUUUGUGAUUUCAAAAACUAUCGAAUAAUGAGAUGGUCUCUUCAAAACCAAACAGAACCACAAAUAAUUAUAUCUAAAAUUGUUUGUAGAGGCCUUGCAAUCGAUCAAGAUGGUACCAUAUAUGUUAGUGAAUAUUAUAAUGACAUAGGUAUAGUAAAACGAUUCAAAGACGGCGACUUAGAUGGAGAAAUCAUAGCUGGUGGGAAUGGACGAGGAAAUCAUUCGAAUCAGUUGAUGGCUCCUAGUUAUCGCUUUGUCGAUCAUGAUUAUUCAGUCUAUAUAUCAGAGAGGGAAAAUACUCGUAUAUCAAAAUGGUUGAAGGAUGCGAAAGAAGGUAUUGUUGUUAGCGGACCUAGUUUUGGAGGUAAUAUGCGACAAAUGAGAUACAAUCGUGGAUUUACCUUGGAUUGUUUUGGUCAUAUUUUUAUAGCUGAUUCUUGGAAUAAUCGAAUUGUACGUUGGUCAAAAGAUCUUCACGAUGUGAUGGUUAUUCUUGGUGGAUACGGAUGGGGUCGUAAAUUACAUGAAUUAAAUAGACCAGAUGAUGUAGUAUUAGAUCGUCAAGGAAAUCUUUAUGUUGUCGAUACAAAUAAUCAUCGAGUGCUCAAAUUUGAUGCAGAAGAUUAA